CGGGUCUGGUGCUCCGUUGCGCAGUGCUUAUUCGCCUCCCCCUUCGGAGUGGCGAGGCGGGGCCCGGUUCCGCGGCGGCUUAGGCCCAGCCGGGGCUGAGCCCGGCUGCAGCGGCCGCGGUCCCGGGCCUGCUGGGAGCCGCGGGAGGAGAUGAGCAAAGCGGAGCGGAGGCCCCUGGAGCGCUCCCCGAGCGUGGCUCUUGGCGCGGUGGAAGCUCGACCCCUGGUCGCGCAUUCCGGCUCUGCCGGGUGUUCGGUUCUUGAGGCUGGCUGGAGCUGCUCGUUGGGCUUGCAGGAUGAUGAGUAGCGUGGGGUCUGACUGGCUGAAAGACACGUUCUUAGUAAAAACAUUAAAAUUGGGAGGAGUUGUUCUUGCAUCUUAACAGGUAUUGAAUAAAAUAUGCUGUUAUCAAUAGGAAUGCUGAUGUUGUCUGCCACUCAGAUAUACACUAUUGUGACUGUGCAGUUGUUUGCCUUCCUGAAUCUUUUACCUGUGGAGGCAGAUAUUUUAGCAUAUAACCUUGAAAAUGGAACCCAGACAUUUGAUGAUCUACCUGCUAGAUUUGGCUACAGACUGCCAGCAGAAGGCUUGAAGGGAUUUCUAAUAAAUUCCAAACCGGAGAAUGCAUGUGAGCCUAUAGCCCCACCUCCACUGAGGGACAACUCCUCUGGUGCUUUUAUUGUGUUAAUCCGAAGGCUGGAGUGCAACUUUGAUGUCAAGGUCUUAAAUGCCCAGAGAGCUGGAUACAAGGCAGCUAUAGUUCACAAUGUUGAUUCUGAUGACCUCAUAAGCAUGGGAUCCAACGACAUUGAGGUUUUAAAGAAGAUUGACAUUCCUUCUGUCUUUAUUGGUGAGACAUCAGCUAAUUCUCUUAAAGAGGAGUUUACUUACGAAAAAGGUGGCCACGUUGUGUUAAUCCCAGAGUUCAGUCUUCCUUUGGAGUACUACUUAAUCCCUUUCCUAAUAAUAGUAGGGAUCUGUCUUAUUCUCAUCGUCAUAUUUAUGAUAACAAAAUUUGUUCAGGACAGACACAGAGCAAGAAGGAAUCGGCUUAGGAAGGAUCAGCUUAAGAAACUUCCUGUACAUAAGUUUAAGAAAGGAGAUGAAUAUGAUGUGUGUGCCAUCUGUCUGGACGAAUACGAGGAUGGAGACAAGCUCAGGAUUCUUCCGUGCUCUCAUGCAUAUCACUGCAAGUGUGUGGACCCGUGGCUGACAAAAACAAAAAAAACCUGUCCUGUGUGUAAGCAGAAAGUGGUCCCUUCCCAGGGGGACUCUGACUCGGAGACAGACAGCAGCCAAGAGGAGAAUGAAGUGUCUGAGAACACUCCUCUGCUCAGGCCUUUGGCCUCGGUCAGCACACAGUCCUUCGGGGCUCUGUCCGAGUCCCACUCCCAUCAGAACAUGACCGAGUCCUCGGAGUACGAGGAGGAUGACAAUGACAAUGUUGAUAGCAGUGAUGCGGAAAAUGGGAUGAAUGAAGAAAGUGUAGUGGUUCAGCUGCAGCCCAGUGAGGACAGGGAGUAUAGAGUGGCAAACACUGUCUGAGACUACUAAUGACCCAUAGGUGUAUGAACAAAAGGGUUCUUAAGGCUAUUUACAAACCUUUGCAUAGGGAAUCUCUUUUAAUCUGUAAUCCAUUUGGUUUCUUUGAUAGGAGCAGCAGUUCAUGUAGUAGUACUCUGGUUAAAUCAUUACAGGUAGAUUUACUUUUGAUUCAGGUAGUCAGUCACACAUUCUGUCUUCUCAAAACCAACAGUUAAACUGGACUUCACAAUGCUAAUGAAUAAUGUUAAUAGUUUAUAUCAAUUGAAAUAUCACAAAGACUCUAAAUGUCUCCUGUUGAAAUGGGAUUUCUCUGGAAGUACUUUUAUUUCUAUUUUGUAGCUACAACUGGGUCAUCCUGAGAGCAAUAUUUAUUAUAUGUAGAUAUGUGUUACCCCUUAGGCCCAACAAAAACUGUAUUUGCAUGUUUGUAUAGUUUCCCUAAAAACUGUCACCACUGCUGAAAGGAAGAAGUAGAACAGAUCAAUAUUCUAUGUGCUGGUAUGUUAAAACAAAGCAGAAGAAAUUCCACUUUUAUCUCAACGCAGUGAUUCCAAAUAGUCCUUUGGAGUUUGCCGUGGUAGCUGAGUUUAAGCAGUUCCAUUGAGCAAUUCCCAGGAUGAGGAAACUUAGAAUAUAUGUUUAGUUUUGAGCAAUUCACAAGGUCAGGUCUACCAUAAGCACAUUAUUAUCCCUCCUUGCUACUACUUCAUUGUCUGGUUUCCAGUGAGGAGGUGGGAGUUGGAGAUAACAGAGACAGAGGUUUUGUUCCACAUAGAAAAAGAAAUUUAGGGUAAGUAUUAUAUUGAUCCUUGGCUCAUAUACCUCUUACUAAGAGCAUUUUAUGCUGCAUUAGUCUGCUAAACUGUAUAUAAAAAAUUGUUCUUUUCAAAUACCUGAUUUGAAAACAAGUGCUUACACCAGUCUCACAGAACUCAGUACUUACCAGUGUAUCACAAAAAAGGUAGAUUCUAUAAUACCUCUGUAACUAUGUAGAAAGUAAAACCAUGCAUAUACUCAAAUGGAGAUUUUUUUAUAUGGCCUUGACUAAGGAAAGCUUGAAAGAAUGUUAAUAAACAUGUUUUCCACUUUAAAUAUCAAAAGGACUUUAUUGAACUUCUGCAUCACUUGAGAUCUUGAGUACUCGCCUCCAUUACUGAGGGUGAAGUGCUUUUGAAGAGGUGUAAUGUGGAACUGUGGGGAGCCUGAGCAGAUGUUCCCUGCAUCACACCGUGAGUCACAGUACAAGGGCUUGCACUGACCAGUGCUGUGUGCAAGGCUCUGAGCAGAAAACUUUCAUUUUUGUUCACUUCUAGCUUGAGGAGGAGUUUGGACUGGCCAGAGUCUGUUGUUUUCCUGGGGGAGCGUGAAGGAGGACCAGGGUGCUCUGAGCAAUUCCUCCCCAGCUGGCAGUGCCUGCAGAACCACAGCCCAGUGCUAGAACCCUGGACAGGUGAUGGCAGGUGAGGUGGUCCCAGGUGUGGUUUCUGGCCUUGCACUCUAUGCAGCCACAUACCCUGCAGUGCAGAUCUGUUUUCUGGGCCUAGCUGAGAGCAGGGAAAGUUUAUUUUGCACAAUGAGGCACAGCAAAAGGAUAACAAAGAAAGGAUGAUUCAUCUCCAAACCACUGCUGCCACAGCCAUGGGGUAAUGACAGUCAGUGUAGUGGUAUAUUUUCACAAGGCAAAAUUCCCCUUCAGCAUGCAUAUGUCUAGGUGAGUCCAAAUGGGAAAAUGGUUUCUGAAAAUGCAAUUACUACACUGAAAGAUUUUUCUUAAAAUAGGUCCCUGCUGUUGCUGUGACUGCAUGUGAAUAUUCAUUAUUGUAUUCCAGGAGCGGUCCCCAAAAGCUGAAGUUCCAGAACCACGAACUGACCUCAACUUUGUAAUAUGCUCUUAUGUAAUUCUAGUGCCUGCAGUCAGUUGCAGACAGUUAUGCUAGGAAAAUUCACCAACAAAUGCAUUUGAAAAAGUAAUCUGAACACCUAAUUCUUAACCAAGCAGAAGUAUACAGGUAACAUACACCUCAAGAGAGGAGAACUGAUCAGAAAGGAGUAAGGUCAUACUAAGGCAUGUGAUGAAAAGUACCUGGAGUGUGCUGCCAGCAGCUGCUCUGCCUUUAGGGUGCUGCUGUAGUCAGUUCCAUCCACUCUGGCCUUCCCAGCAGGUCUGGGAAUAGAAUAUCCUCAUUCCUCCUAACUAGGGAGAAACAAGGUGAGUACAACUUUGUGUUCAGACACUGAGCACAGCUUCACAUGUGUUGUAUGAGGGAAGCAGAUUGGCAUCCUCUGUGCCAGUUACUACUGAACGGGAAUUUGCUCUGUGCAUAUUGGUCUGCUCUAACUCUGGCCCUGGGAGAUCCAGUUCAGACACAGCCACUUGGCAGUGGAGAAUAUCAACACUAUAUAUAGGAAGGUUUUAGUUAGACCCAGGAGUAGUGCCAAGCAGAGGAGCAGGUGCAGCUGACACCAGUGAUGAAGGUGUGGGGGAAGGAGGGGAGAACAAAGGUGUUUUCAGGUCCUGUCCAGAAGCACCUGACUAGUUUGAGCGCCCAGAAAGGCAGAUUCACCUCCCACGAUCUGGAUUCAGCCGUCCUCCCAUGCCACAAGCUCCAGGGUUCACCAUCACAUCCCCGUGGGCCUGUGUUUUUAGGAGUUCUCAGUAGAAGUAACAAAUGCAGGUGCAAUCCUUUAAGGUAAUGGAGACCUUAAAUCUGCCCCUUCUCUGGCUGAGGGGAGCACAUUCCCACCCUGGCUGCACUGACCUGGGCAGGCCACCACAGACUCCUUUGCCAGGUCCGAUGCAAAGUUGCCUUCAGCUUGUUUAGGAAUGGUGAAUUGGGCAUUCAGAGGGCAGGGGAACCCCACACCAAAGAGCUGGAUAAAUGUGGAAUUAAGAGAUGAGAAAUCAUCUCAUUUAAGAUCUGCCCCAAACACUGCCUGGUUUUUGACUGAAAUCAUAUUAUCACACUACUUAUUAUCAUAUCACAUUACUUAUAUUAUCAUACUACUGCUGUCCUGCCAAACCUAAAACUGUACUUAGACCUCCUGCUAGUGUGGCCAGCCAUGCACUGAAGGGCCUCAGAGGAUUUCCCAGGUGUGAGGCAGAAAAAUUACCAACAGUCUGAUUUUGUUUGGUUGGAAUAAAUUUAUUUCAUCUGUCUGUAAACAAGGUGUUUUUAAUAGUUAUGGCAUUUUUUGAAAUGCAUAUUAAAUCAGAUGAGUUAGACUGUAUCCCAGAUGUAACAAAGUGCAGGGAAAGAAAUGGACAAAUCAGCAACAAGAAUUUGUUUAAAUCUGUACAUUAUCCACAAGGCCCAACAAUAGAAGCAAAUACUAGAAUGUCCCUAAGGUAGUGCCAGUCAAAAGAAACCCUCAGAGUCAGUUAAAAUCCAUCUCACAAUAGCAACAGUUCAAUUUUUUUUUUUUUU